CUGGCUUGUCUCAGUGGGUGGGGACGGUCAUUUGUCGGCUUUCUGGACACACAGAGACAGACAGGAUGGAUUUCCUCCGGCUCCAUCUCCCUGGGCUGCAUCAGGCCUUGAGGGGGGCAUUGGAUUCCCUCAGCACCUUUGUCUCCUACCUUAUGGGCGAUGAGGUCCCCACUGUAGAGAGGAGGGAGGCAAGGGCAGCUGAGGAACUGGGGGAGGUGGCUGCAGGAAGGCCAGAGGAGACUGAAGAGAAGGGAGCCCAGGAGGCCCUUGAGGGCCUUGGAGGCAGCCAAAGCAAGGAGGGUGGAGGGCUGAGAGAGCCUAGAGAGGCUGGAAGGUACCAGGAGGGAGGUUCAGCUACAAAACAGACCUGGGAUUGGGAAGAAGGCAGCUCCCAUGGGUCUCAAGCAAACAGGCAGCUCACUGGGGCCUGGGAAGCAGCCAAGACUGCCAGGUGCCAGGAGCCCAGUGCCCACUUAGAGGCCAAAAAGACGUCUGAGGCAGGGUCUAAGGCUGGUCGAGACAACGGCAGCCAAACCCAAGAGAGUCGAGGGCCCAAUGAGCAGGAAGUGAACAGAGAGGAGACACGGAGAACCUGGGAACAGGAGGAGGAGGCGGAAGAGAUCAGGGAAGGGAAACCAGGGGUGGCCGGAAAGGCGGAGUCAGAAUGGACCUGGCAGAGGGAGCCCGAGGGGAAGGUAGCAGGGGACAGCAGGGAGUCAUUAGAGCAGGUGUUCAAGGAGGCAGUUGCAGAGGAGAUCCAGGCGCCUAGAGCCAAAGAGGCUGGGAAGGAAGGAGAGGUGAUGGUGGUCCUAAGGGGUAGCCAAAGCACAAGGGUAGAGAAAACACGGGAGUCAGGGACAGAAUCUGAGGCUGGGACAACCUCAGGCAGGGAGGAAGAGGCCAGGACAGCCUCAGGCAGGGAGGAGGCAGAGACAACCUCAGGUGGAGAGGAGGAGGCCAGGACAACCUCAGGCAGGGAGGAGGAGGCCGAGACAACCUCAGGCAGGGAGGAGGAGGCCGGGACAACCUCAGGCAGGGAGGAGGAGGCCGGGACAACCUCAGGCAGGGAGGAGGAGGCCGGGACAACCUCAGGGGGAGAGGAGGAGGCCAGGACAACCUCAGGCAGGGAGGAGGAGGCCGGGACAACCUCAGGCAGGGAGGAGGAGGCCGGGACAACCUCAGGGGGAGAGGAGGAGGCCGGGACAACCUCAGACAGGGAGGAGGAGGAGGCAGAGACAACCUCAGGCAGGGAGGAGGAGGCUGGGACAACCUCAGGUAGGGAGGAGGAGGCCGGGACAACCUCAGGGGGAGAGGAGAAGGCUGGGACAGCUUCAGGCAGGGAGGAAGAGGCUGGGACAAUCUCAGGGGGAGAGGAGGAGGCCGGGACAACCUCAGACAGGGAGGAGGAGGAGGCAGAGACAACCUCAGGCAGGGAGGAGGAGGCUGGGACAACCUCAGGUAGGGAGGAGGAGGCCGGGACAACAUCAGGGGAAGAGGAGGAGGCCGGGACAACCUCAGACAGGGAGGAGGAGGAGGCAGAGACAACCUCAGGCAGGGAGGAGGAGGCCGGGACAACCUCAGGGGGAGAGGAGGAGGCCGGGACAACCUCAGACAGGGAGGAGGAGGAGGCAGAGACAACCUCAGGCAGGGAGGAGGAGGCUGGGACAACCUCAGGUAGGGAGGAGGAGGCCGGGACAACCUCAGGGGGAGAGGAGGAGGCUGGGACAGCCUCAGGCAGGGAGGAAGAGGCUGGGACAACCUCAGGGGGAGAGGAGGAGGCCGGGACAACCUCAGACAGGGAGGAGGAGGAGGCAGAGACAACCUCAGGCAGGGAGGAGGAGGCUGGGACAACCUCAGGUAGGGAGGAGGAGGCCGGGACAACAUCAGGGGGAGAGGGGGAGGCCGGGACAACCUCAGACAGGGAGGAGGAGGAGGCAGAGACAACCUCAAGCAGGGAGGAGGAGGCUGGGACAACCUCAGGGGGAAAGGAGGAGGUUGGGACAGCCUCAGCCAGGGAGGAAGAGGCUGGGACAACCUCAGGGGGAGAGGAGGAGGCCGGGACAACCUCAGACAGGGAGGAGGAGGAGGCAGAGACAACCUCAGGCAGGGAGGAGGAGGCCGGGACAACCUCAGGUAGGGAGGAGGAGGCCAGGACAGCCUCAGGCAGGGAGGAAGAGGCUGGGACAACCUCAGGGGGAGAGGAGGAAGCCGGGACAACCUCAGGCAGGGAGGAGGAGGCCGGGACAACCUCAGGUGGGGAGGAGGAGGCCGGGAUAACUUUAGGUAGGGCAGAGGCCGGGACAACCUCAGUUGGGAAGGAAGGUAACCUCUCGGGAGCCAGGGAGCCAGAAUAUGGGGAAGCAGUCUCUGGAGAAAGGAUCUCAGAGGGCACUGGGAGGACUUGGGCAAUAGAGGAGGCCACCAGGGAAGACCAGGAGGAGGAGGUGGAUGAGAAGAGAAAGGCUGAGAUGAGCGUUUCCCCCAAACAGAGCCAGGCUCUAGGAACUGAGGGCGUGGAGGAAGCAGUGAAGGACCAGCCGGCAGGGAGGGAGUCUGCAGGAGGCCAGGGGUCAGAGGGGGAGGGAGAGGGGUUUAAGGUCCAGGCAGAUCGGGAUGGGGAAGAGGCCGAGGGGAGGCAAGCCUUGGUGAACAGGACUGUUGCCUUUGGUCUGGAGGAGGUGGUGCAGGCAGAGAAGGCCAAAGAGGAGGGAGAGAGUUGCUGGAUCGCUGAGGCUGAGUUGCCCAAGAACAAAGUGGCAAACGAGGCUGAAGGCGAUGCUGGCUUGGAGGCAACCCCGGAAGCCAGGCUUGAGAAGGAGUGCAGGGGGGAGAAGAGCGAGGGGGAGGCUCAGACAGGUGGAGAAGGGCUGGCGUUGGAGGGCAGUGGCCUUGAGCACGAGGUCACCGAAGGCCAGGACCCUGAGCUGAUGGCCGCCCCCCAGACCCCAACAGAGCAGCCUGAGGAAGGACUGGGGGAAGAGGAAGAGCCCCGGGGCAUUCCAGCCCUGAACAAAGAGGAGACAGAAAGGAGCCCAGAGGAAUACCCCAGAAACCUGGGGUAUGGAAAGCCUGGUGCCUCUGGGACUGAAGCCCAGAGGAGGGACUUGGAGGGAGGGGAUUCCCACAAAGAAAAAGCAGAUGCUGAAGAGGGGGAGGAGGAGGCUGUAGGAAGCCAGGCAUCAGAGGAGGCCGAGGAGGCCGAGGAGGCCGAGGGAGGCCAAGAGUCUGCGCUCCCAGAUGUCCUGGAGGCAGGUGGGGAGUGGAAGAAAGCUGAGGAAGCAGGGUGUGGAGCAGAGGAGGGAGAGGCCCGCGGAGCACAGAGCCAGGAGCCGGGUGGAAGGUUCAGCGCAGGGGCAGGGGCAGGUCGGGCACUGGGGAAGUCAGAUGCCCGAGACACCGAGGAUGAGGAGGCAGAGGCCACGGUGCCCUGCAGGGCAGACACGACAUCCAGCGGAGUUUGGGGGCUGGAGGAGGCGGCUCUGAGCCUCCAGGACAGUGAGGACACAGGGGUCAGUUCUUCGGCUGCUGAGAUAGCGGGGGACAAGGCCGAUGGGAGGGCUGCUGCACCUGGGAGAGGGCCCAAAAGAGAGGCUGGGGAAGCUUGGGAAUCAGAAGGGAGGCAGGAGGCUGGGGGAGGAAAGGAGCUAGUGGAGGCUGCGUGGGAAAAAACCCAAGGGGGGCCAGAGUUUGGCCUGGAGGGCUCAGCAGACAUGGAGAUAAAUAGCAGAGGGGGCCCAGAAGAGGCUUUUGAGGCCGGAGACGGUGAGCCCAGGGGAGAGUGCGCAGAGGUCAGGGAAUCUGCAGCGGCAGAGGGAGGCUGUGGGAUGGACGGCUUUACCUGGGGUUCCCAGGUGGCGAGGGCAGAGGGCGCCACGGCCACGGUAGAGGCCGAGGGGCUCCCAGGAGGGCAGACGCCGCCGCGGGAACAGGAGGCUGCGGGAUGGCAGUUAAAGGAGCAGGGGCAAGGCGGUGAGGGGCAGCGUGGGGACCUCCACCCUGAGAAAGAGGCACAGAGGCCCCUUGACGUGGAGGGUGUUGAGGUGACUGAAGACCAGAGGGCGGAGGCCGAGGAGAUUGUUCCAGAAGGCCCGGAGGACAUCCAGGGCCAGGAGGACCAGUCAACAUACCAGGAGCCUGGGCCACGUGGAGAGACGGCAGCAAGUACCGGAGGGGAUGCUCACGGCAGCUGGAGUGAGGCCCUGCUUCCUGGGUCUCGCCUGGACGUCUCUGUCUCGAGGAGCCGUGUACUCCUGUCUCGAAGCUCCUCCCAGCGUCGCUCCCGGCCCUCUUUCCGACGGACCCCGGCCCCUGAGCGGCAGGAGGAGCCUCCGAGCCCCCCCCCUGAGGAAGAGCCAUCAGCCCCCGAGCAGAGACUUCUCCGGCCAGAGGAACCCCCGGAGGCAAGCCCCCCAAGGCCUGAAGGGACCCCACCGCCAGCCAGGAGAAGGCCCCUGGGACACGGGUUUGGCCUUGCCCACCCCGGCAUGAUGCAGGAACUGCAGGCCCGACUGGGCCGGCCCAAACCCCAGUGAGCGCCCCGAGCCCCUGGGAGCCGGGCCCUGAAUGAGCAUCAGAAGGAUCCACCAAAUCCUGCUUGGCCUAUCUCCCUCCGCCACUUUGGACACACCCUUUUCCACCCUCUGGGCCUUGGUUUCUUGGUGUGUCAAGCUCGGAGCAGACAGAGGCAGACAUCCUCGAGAAGCGUGAACUGGAGGAGUCUGACUGCAAUGUGGCUGAUGCACACCCCGCCCCCCCGACCCCUGGCCCUCUGGGAGCGCGCCCCUCAUGGCCCGUCCUGAUCACGCCUCCGGCGCAUCUCUGCUGUCUGCAGGACCGAGGGGACGGGACAGUUCUCCUCGCGGCCUUCCCUCCCCGACCUCUCCGGUCCCCACCCAGGCCUCCAGAGGGCAGUGCAGUGGGAACCCAAAGCUCGGCGGGGUGGGCGCUAGCCCGGAGGAGAGGGGUCAGGAGGCCCUCUGGACCUCCAUCUGCAAUCAGAGGUUGAUGGGACAGAUCAGUGGCCUUGAGCUUUGAAAAACUCACGGCUCUGCAGGUUACUGUGGCAACCACCAGCCCAGCAAGCCAGUCUGGGGGAAGGUGGGCCAGGAGCCCCCGAAAUUUAGGAGCAGAGAGGGGUCCAGGGCGGCCAGAGACUACAGACCCCCCCCCCCAGACCCUUUUGUCCUUUGGCAUCAGGCACCCCUUCUGGGAAAAGAAGCCGAGGCUGAGAGAGGAUGACAGUGCUUUAUUCGGCACCCCGCACGGUGGCCUAGCUCGGGGACAACUAGCCGGCUCUGAAACAAUAAAUAAACCAUCACUUUCCUAAACAAUAAAUAAAUAUCCAAGAAAUAAA